AUGCGGAUUAUAUUUUUGUUAUUCUGUUUGGUGAAUUUGGUGUCAGCUGGUUGUUAUCAGAAAAGAUUAUGUUGUUCUGGGAGAAAUAAUACUUGUAAGGUAAGAAUUUUUUGCGUUAAAUUCGGACCUUAAAGCGAUAGUUCAAAAAUUUUGGUUCUGGAUUUUUGUGGAUUUUUGGCAUACAUUUGGGUCUUGGAGCAAAUAUUCGGGAUACUGUAAUUAAAAAAUAAGUCACGUGGAUUUUGUGGCGUCCACAAAAUUUGUUAGUACCUGACUCUUUUGGUACUUUUUGAGCUUCUGCAAAUCACAAAACCACGUGGAUUUUUAAUUACAAUAACUAGAAGCUUGGGGUCGAACAAGAGUACUGUAGGUUUUGAAAGUCCAUGUGGAUUUUUAUGGUCUUGGAGCAAAACUUCGGGGUACUGUAAUUUUGUAAAAAUCCACGUGGAUUUUUUAAUGCUAAAAAUUGAAUCUUCAACAAAUCUUCUAAGAGUACCUGGCACAAGAAAGUAAUUCGAAAUUUUUAAGAGUAUUAAAAUGAUAAUAAAAAGUAUUAUUCAGGAAAAAAGCGAACGGAUCAAAAACCUGGUUUGUUUUCAAAUUAAAAUAUGUUGCUGAUUCUUUUUAGUUCUUUAACAAUUAUAAUUUAUUUCUUCAGAAUUCGAGUUUUCUUUUAGUUUUCUUUAGAAACUAUGAUUUUCAUCUUCACUUUGCUCAAAUUCCAAUCAAUAAUGUUCCAAUUUUGCAGGGACUCGAUGAUGGAAUAAAUCAUUUGCCAACAGUUUCAACAAUUCAUAAUGAAGAGACUCUCACAUUACAUCCGCGAGGCGAAAAAGAAUAUCCAAUUCCGCAUUAUGAAUCUGCAGAUAGUGAUGAUAUGAUAUUUCCGGGAGUUUUUGAAGAUGAAAAUGAUGAGAAAAUUGGGAAAUUAAUAUUGCCCGAUAUUAUUGAAUUGGAUGGUUCGGGAGCCGAUUAUGUUUACAGGAAAACUGGUAAUUUUUUAUGUUAGGUGUCGAAACAUUUUGGGACGUCAUUUUUCAAUGAAUUGUUUAUUUUACUAAAAAAAAUUAUUUAGAAAGUUUUCUCUGAAACCUUUAUCAUCUAAUUCUUCCUGCCUUUUUUCAAAGACAAUUUUUUCCAGGAAUAAAUCUUGAAGAUCCAACAACAACAACGGCCCCAUCAAUUCAUCAUUUUAUUGUCGGACCAAAACAAGAUCAAAAAGAACCAGUGACUGAAGUGACACGAUAUUCUGAAGGAAAAAAUAAGCAUGUGUUAAUUAGGUGAGAAAUGUUUACUGAAAAUGAAAAUCGGGUUUCGGUCAAAAUUUGCAGUCCAGUUUUUCCAAGGGUAUCGUAAAUUUGAGAUGUGUAGAUCUUGCAACAGUUUUUUCUUGAAUUCUACAAAAAAAGAACCUCUUCUUUAUAUAAAAAAUAUAUAAAUUUUUUCAGAUUUUCAACCUUGGCAAAAAUAAUGACUCUCCGAGUCUUCAAUUCUCCCCUUGUUUAUGAGGAAAAUCGAGUAACUCAACCAAAAUUCCAACAUAUGUAUGGAUAUUUGGAAAGCGGAGCAUCUGAAUGUUAUUGUGAUGAACAUUGUGUUCAAUUAGGAGAUUGUUGCUCAGAUUAUACUUUCACUUGUCCACGUGGGUUUAUUUUCAGGGAAUCAAAACUUCAUAUAAGAAAUAUUUUUCAGCUCGAGACUGUAUUUUGAGUGCUUGGGAACCUUGGCAUUCUUGUAAGCCGGAUAAAGGAAAAUGUGGAAUUGGAACUCAAAAAAGGUAAUUCACUCAAUAAAAAUUAAUUCAUAAAUCAUGAAUAAAAAAUUCCAGAAUUCGCCAUAUUUUACAACAUCCAGAAAGAGGAGGAGGACAAUGUGAACCGAAAAAAGAAAUGAAAACGUGUUUUGUAGAUUGUUCGAAAUCUGAAGAAGGUAGAGAUUUUCUUGAGAAUUAGAAAAUUUUAAUUGAUAAUUUAAUUUUUGCUUUAGAUAUUACAACAGUUGCACUAAUUCUUGAUUAUCGAUAUAAUGAGACACGUCGACAGAAUUUUACACAAAAUUCGAAGUUUUGGGAUAUUCCAUUGACAUUUGAAAUGGACAGGAAAAAUGAUAAGUAGUGGGUUUUGAAAAUUUUUUUGAGAUAAUAAUUCACCGAAAUGUUUCAAUUUUUAAACAAAUUUCAGUUACUGUGUUCAUUAUCAAAUUGAUUGGGUGAAUCGAAAUUGUGUUUCAAGAUUAACGAAAAAAGGAUUAAUGGAAAGUAGUAUAAUAUGUGCAGAAUGUCAACCAGAAGCAACAAAACAUCGAAAAAAUGGGCGAUGUGCUUCAGAUUUAGAAGAUAAUGAAGAAGGAUUUUGGAAAUUAAUCGGGCCAAAAUCUUGUAAUGGAAUAUGGAAACGAAUAAAUCGAACAGAAAAUUGUCAUUGUCAAUUCAACUACCCAAAUACUUAUCCAUUUUUGCUUGUUUAA